AUCAAGGAAGAGCCAGAGGAUAAAGAUGUAGAUAAAUGGAGAGAAGAAGUGACUGAGUAAAGGCAGCACAAGUGGAGGGGAAAAAAAAAGAAAAGACAUCCAGCUUACUCCCUGCAUUCUGUGACUUUCUCUUCCUCUCUCUCGUGCCUCUCUUUUGCUGCGUCCACUCCUUCAUUCAGCACCUGUACUGUGGGAUUAACAUGACUUAAAAUUCAAUCAGCCUACAGCCUGACGGAAGAGCGACAGAGGAGGCAGACAGAGCGCUGCAGCUGUCGAGACCAAGCGAGGGGACGACCAGCGGGAGGAGAGAGAGAGGGGGGGAUAGACAGUGAGAGAUAGAGAUAGAAAGAGAGAGAGAGAGAGAGAGAGAGAGAGAGAGAAAGAGAGGGAGGGAUGGGUGUUUUUCCACGGAGCUGAGACAGAGAGCAAGCGGCAGAGACGGUGGGGAUGUGACGGUUUCCACGGGUCGUGGGGGAAUGAUCCAGAAAACAAGGUUUUGUCUGCACCUCCCUCCAAGGUCAUGAAUAAGUGUCUAAUUCAGUGAAGUGGAUCACGCUGCACAGAGGCCCUGUGACACACCCUGGAAGUCCCUACAGGAAGAUGAGAGGAGAGGAGGUGGAGAAACUGCAGGUGUGAAGAGUCAGAUGAAUAAUCAAGAAGACUGGGAUGUAUGAUUGAGGAGGGAGCGGUUAAAGAAGGCGGGAACUCCAGGAUUCUUAUUCUUAGUUAAGUGAAGUUGAAUACAGCCAUGAGGAAAUCAUAUCACACUGCAAUAAAUAGGAUUUCAAGCCAAGUGGAUGCGUGGAUUUCUUCUCAAAGUGAAGUCUCUUUUGGAAUAUCACACCAGGAUUGGGCGAGUAAUUCAGGAUUUUCCACUUUUUCUUCAUCUAAAGAACUCUAAGAGGAUAUUGCAGGAUUGGGAGUUUCUGCGACUCUCUCUUCUACUUCUCUCUCCUCCCUAUCGAUGGGGGUUUCUGUAAGGGGGGAGUAGGACAGGUUACAGCACAAUCACACAAUCCCUCCUCCCCCUACUGCUCGCCCCGACACAAGGAGAAACACCUGGGGCGAGAUCAGUGCCAAACACUCACACACAAACACACACACAUAUAAACCCGGAUAACAUGUGGAGCUGAUUCGGAUUAUAGAGCCGCACAGACGGAAAAGGUCUGUGGAUUGCCAGGCGUUCUACCAUGCCUGUCCCCCCACCCCUCAAUCCCCGCAGACAUAAACACCUGCCCCACUCACACCUCCAUACAGAACAAAGGGCAGAAAGCUCCACCGUCCCUUCCCUCUUCCCUCCAUCCUUCCUCUCUCUGUCUCUUCUCCCCCCUCUCAUCGUCUCAUCCUUCGCCUCGUCCCAUCUCUUCCACUGCGCCUGCCCGAGAGCUACAAAAAGAACCCUUCCCGAGUCCGGUCCUUUCCCAGCGUUUCACUGGCUGACUUUGGUCACAUGCUGCCUGUUGCCGUCUCUGAUUGGAGCAGGGGAGACGUGGGGCGUAGUCUCGGCCUGUCCCUUCCACUGUGUGUGCCGGAAUCUUUCGGAGUCACUCAGCACACUCUGCGCCGACAAGGGCCUCCUGUUUGUCCCCCCGCACGUUGACCGGCGCACUGUCGAGCUACGACUGGCGGACAACUUCAUCACGGAAGUCGGGGGGACUGACUUUGUCAACAUGACGGGAUUGGUUGAUUUGACUCUGUCCAGGAAUACUAUUCACCUGAUCAAACCGAUGGCCUUUGCCGACUUGGAGAGCUUGCGGUCCCUUCACCUGGAUGGUAAUCGGUUGACAACACUCGGACCAAGGGACCUUUCAGGUUUGGUCAAUCUGCAACACCUUAUCGUCAACAACAACCAGCUUGUUAAAGUCUCCGUCCAGGCCUUCGACGACUUUCUACUCACACUGGAAGACCUCGACAUGUCCUACAAUAACCUCAGGAGGGUACCAUGGGAGUCCAUACAGAACAUGGCCAGUCUGCACACACUCAACCUGGAUCAUAACUUGAUAGACCACAUAGCCGAAGGAGUCUUUGGAGAGCUUUAUAAGCUUGCAAGGCUGGAUAUGACCUCCAACAGGCUGCGAACCCUGCCUCCUGAUCCUCUCUUUGCAAGAUCCCAAACAGGUGCAAUAAGUCCCACCCCGUACAACGCUGUCAUAAGCCUGAAUUUUGGAGGGAAUCCGCUCCACUGCAACUGUGAACUGCUGUGGUUACGACGGCUUAUACGAGGAGAUGACAUGGAGACUUGUGCCACACCUGCUCACCUGGCUGGAAGGUAUUUCUGGUCAAUUCCUGAGGAGGAGUUUACUUGUGAGCCCCCUCUCAUCACCCGUCACACUCACAAGCUGUGGGUCCUGGAGGGCCAGCGGGCGACUCUAAAAUGCCGUGCCAUCGGGGACCCCGAGCCAGUGGUGCACUGGGUUUCACCGGAUGACCGAAUCAUUGCGAAUUCAUCUCGCAUCAGCUCCUUCAGCAAUGGGACCUUGGAUAUGUUAGUUACAGUAGCCCGGGAUGAUGGGGCUUACACGUGUAUCGCAAUAAACGCAGCGGGUGAAGCGACUGCCACUGUAGAUCUGAAAAUAAUCCCCUUGCCUCACCGGGGCGGAACAGGUGGAAACACAGGGAAUAACAACGUGAACACCAAAAACAACAGGAACGUGACCAAUGGGAUUUUACGGACAGAUCCGGGUUCCUCGGAUAUCAGCACGGGGAAAAAUGGAGGGAUUAACAACGGUGCGGGACGGGGAGGAGAGGUGGAGGAUGGGAGGAGAGGUGGAGGAGAGGAUACGGAGGGCGAUGGUAGCAGGGCCUCUGAAGGGGAGAGGGUUGAUGGAGGGAGCAUGGAGGAAGAGGAAGGGGACGAGGAUGAAGGGAGGAUGGUUGGAGUACAAGGAGUUACUUCCACAUCAGCACAAGUCCGAUGGGAUUUGGGGCGUUUGUCUGCGGCUUAUGUUGUGUGGAUGUACCAGAUACAGUAUAACUGCACCGCCGAUGAAACCCUCAUCUACAGAAUCCUCCCGUCAACCAGUGACCGCUUCCUGUUGAAGAACUUGGUCGCUGGUGUGGACUACAACCUGUGCGUCUUGGCCAUUUUUGAUGACACAAUCACAUCUCUGGCCGCCACUAAAGUCCUGGGAUGCACCACCUUCUCCACCAAGGAUGUCUACCCAGCAUGCCGCUCUCUCCAAGCCCACUUCCUGGGUGGGACUCUCACCAUAUUGGUUGGCGGUGUUGUCGUUGUCACUUUGCUCGUGUUUACCGUUGCGCUCAUGGUUCGCCAUCGUGUUUGUAACCACGGGGAUCAUAUGAUAUGUCACAGCGGCAACAGUGAGGCUGGAGGUGGCGCCUGCUGUCAGGGUGGAGGUGUCGGAGGAGACAAAGGGGGAAACGGCACCGGGUGCUACCAAUCGAAUGGUUCAGGGGACAUGAUGAUGGUGGUCCUGCCUAAUGGUCUGCCCUCUAAAAGAGGGGAGAGGGACAAGGAGAAGGAGAAAGAAGCGACUGAUUCUGCUUCCUCUUUGCCUCCGAAGCUUCCUCCGAAGCCGAGGCCGAAGCCAAAAGUCAACCUGGAGCAGUUUCUUUCAGCAGGGGGCGUUGUUUCCUCAACCACAGGGGGAGGGAGUGAGAUGGCACUAGUGGUGAGGCAAAGGAAGCUAGACAAGGUGCCGCCAUACUCUCUUGAAAGUGACAGAACUCCCCUCUACUACUCCCCUUCCCCUCCCUCCACCCUGCCACGUCAGUCGCACUCCCGCCAAAACCCCCGUCUGGAGCGAGAACUGACCAAUCGUGCCAGUUUCUCUCUGGCUGCCCCCCUGAGAGACUCAGAGAUGUUGGACUGGAGAAUCCCUCCCCGCGGCAGGGACAAAUGGAAAUCCUCACAAGCUUAUCUGAGCCCUGUAUCCCCUCUAAGCCCUGCCUGUGGGACUGUUAGCAAACGGCGGCACUCGCUGGAUAUGGGCUCCUCCGUCGCCCUAGCAACUGAUGCGGCGGCUUCUGUUGCCAAACGCUACGGUGCUGUCAGUUACGCCAAGCGGUUGAGUGUGAUCUGGACGAGGCGGAGCCAGUCACUUCAUGGGAUGCUGGUUCAGUGUGCCUCGACGACGAGCACGGCAUCCUCGAAUACCAGCGACGAGGCAGAAAGUGCCGGGGGCUUUGGAUUCCAACGGGGAUACAUCCAUGCUUAUAACACCACCAACUCCAAUUCCAACACCGGGAUUAAUGGGAAAGCUAGCAGUGCAAAAGAGAGGGGGAAAGGGAAGGAUGGGAAAAGUAGUGAAGAACUGGAAGAAAGUGUUGUGUAGAAGGUAGCAGGACGGAAUAGUAAGAGGGUUGAGAGAGGGUGGGAUCUUGAAUUGAAAAGGGCAAAGAGGUGGAUUGGGAGGAAAACUGGGGCGAGAUGAAGUGAUUGCAGAUGAGGAGAAGAAGAGAAAGGUAAAAACGUCUCAAGCCUCACUUAUGCAGCAAAAGAAAGUGAACCUGGACGUGAGGUUAAGAUUUUUAAGAGGCGCUUUAUAGCUGACCUGAAGAGUGAUGGGCGAAAUAUAAGAGCAGGGAGAACCAUGACUGGUAGCGGUUUUAAGAUGGUCAUUAAAUACUCAAGGCUGAGCCAGAGCCAUAUCAGUUAAAAAUGAAUGAUACAAGGUAGAAACAAAGUAGAAACACUCAAAAAACACACAGUGACAGUAGUAUGGAGAGAAAUGUGAGUGAUAUAUAGAGUCAAAGAAGGAAAGGGAUAAUCAAAUGGGAAAACAUCAAGAGCCUGACAGAACAAAGGAUAUAGCGCAGUGAUUGAGAUAGUGUGGGCUCAGCGUGGAUCUCAGAAAAGCCUUUACAUUAAUGGAACCAGACUCUUGCUAACACUUCAGCUCUCCAGGGCCUCAGCGCCCACGACAACAGAAGGGUUUACACUGGAUCAAAAACAACAACACAACCAGUAUUACUGGAGGAAAAAAAACACACUGGUAAAUAGAUUGGGAUGAAAUAGUCCUGCUUUGUUAUCCUCUUCUUUGACUCGGACAGUGACGUCCAUUUCCAAACUCUUUUUCCAAAACACAAUGAAUGUGACUUUUAUGUGUCCUCUGCGGCUGGACAAUGAUUUUGGCUCGCCCCUGCCUGCGGAUUAUGGGAGCAUAAAUACAGAGACGGGUGCACUGGACACGAUCAAUCGAUACGGGCUGGAAAGAGCGAGCAGAGCACAGACAUUAUUAAAAGAAAGACAUUGGGAUUACAAAGGUGUCGAUAUGGAUUACAAAAUGGAGGAGACAGUGGCGUAUGAUGACACAUGCACACUUUCUGAGAGGAGGGAUGAUAACGCAGCAAACAAGUGAAUAAUAGCUACAUAAGUGUGCAUGUAUUGAUGGAUCAGGGGCAGGGUGUGCGAAUGUGUGGUUGUGUGUGAUUGUGUGUAUGUCAAUGUUUGUGAGGAGCAAACCCAUCAACCAGACUCCAUUGUGUUAAAUAAGGUUGCUUUCUGGACAUGCUGAAAUUCAAAAAUAUUCAAAAAAAAAAAUAAUAAAACAUGGAUGGAGCAAAUGCAAAUUUUAAUGGCAUUUUUAACAACUUUAGAAUAAAUCUGCAUUUCCAUGCUCAGAAAGCAGCAACCUUUGUGAUUUCAGACUUUCUUUUGUGCCACAUGGAUUCAAAUUAAAUCCAAACAGUUGAAUGUUUUAAGAGGAAAAGCAGUCAAAAAAAGAGGAAGCCACUGACACUAUUAACUCCUCAAUGGAAGACUUUGUACAACUGAUAAUGUGACUACUGUUCCACUGGCAGCGACCAGAGACUCUUCAAAACUUCAAAGAGAAAAAAUUACAAGAGAAAACUUGAAAGUACAUAUAUAUAGUAUAUAUAUAUAUACAAUGAUGUUACUUGUCGCACCAUGUGUUACUGUUUUUCAAAGUUUUCUGGAGAAUGAUGUUAGGGUCAAACACAAAAUAUAAAAUGUGUGAUUUUUUGUUUUAGACAAAAGAUCAUCAUGAUUAGAGCAGAAAAAUAUCAAUGCCAACUCAGCAGAAAAAAAGCACACACAGCACUGAUCACACAAACAGAAAAGCACACACAAGCUGAUGCCUAUAAAACAGAG